ACAACCCAGAGCAGUUGAUCUAAAGAAAGGAUACUACGGAGGAGUUACAAUAAGACUGAGCAGACUGAAAAUGGGAGAAGAAAAACACAAUGUACAGAAACAGAACAUCCAGGACACAGACUGUGAUCUGUCAGAGCGGAUAAGGGAUGUGACUAAAAAGGUUCACACUCAAGCCAAUAACACUGAGUUGAUGCAGGCCUUCCAAAGAGGAAACAUUACCCUGAUGCAGUACAAGCUACUGUUGUGUUCAUUUUAUAAGAUCUAUGAGGCGCUAGAGGAGGAACUGGACAGUAAUGCUUCCCACAAAAGUGUUGCACCAAUAUAUUUCCCUCAAGAACUGGCCAGAAUGGAGGUGCUUAAAAAAGAUCUGGAGCAUUUCUACGGUCAGAACUGGAGGACAAAGAUGAUCGUACCAGCUGCUACACUGAGAUAUACUCAGAGACUAAGAGAGAUCGGUAGGUUGUAUCCUGAGUACCUUGUGGCUCAUGCUUACACACGCUACCUGGGUGAUCUGUCAGGUGGACAGGCGUUGAGCCGAGUUCCCCAAAAGUGUUUAGGGCUAAAGAAUGGAGAUGGCUUGGCUUUUUUCUCGUUUCCAGCCAUCAGCAGCCCGAACCUGUUCAAGCAGCUGUACAGAAGCAGAAUGAACAGCAUCGAGCUGAUGGAGAAACAAGAGAAGGGAGUUCUGGAAGAAGCUGUCAGAGCUUUUGAGUUGAACAUUCAGGUCUUCAAUGAAAUUCAGGACAUGCUGAGUCCCUCUGAGAAGAAUGAAAUCAGGCAGCAAACCAAAGCAUAUCUGAAGAUUCCUGUUAUCAAAGCCUACGAGAGCUCAGCACUGCCCUUCUUGCCAUUCGGCUCUCAAAUACUAAGGAUGCUGUUUGGAGUGUGUUUAGCUUUGGCAGUCGGAAUAGGAAUAUCGGCACAAAUUUUAUAAGCUUUGAAUGCAGAUAAAUUGAACAAAGUGUUGGGUAAAGGUCAAACUGGUAAAAUUUAUGGACUGAGAAAAUCUCUUCUUACAUCAACAUUUAGUCAGAAUUUCUGUAUAGUUUUGUAAACUAUGUUGAAAAGUUGGUUUGGAUACAUUAUGAGAAGAAUUAAUUCACUGGAAAUUGACAAUUAUGCUUGUAAGAGGUGAAGGUAAAAGAGGAAGAGGAGGGUCAGCAACAAGAUGGAUGGACACAACUAGAAGAAUAAUGCAUGAGCCAUUAAGAAGCCUAAAGAUCCAAAUAAAAUACAGGAUAUUCUGGAGAAACACUAUUCAUAUGGUUGCUAGGAGCCAAAUAGAUUGGACAGCAGUUAAAAAUAGUAAUAAUAAUAGACCUCUUAAGGUAAUUAUAUAUACACACAGUAGAUAAAAUAUGUAAACACAUAUAAUAACUAAUACUCCAUAAUCAGGUAUGGGUGUCAAAGUGAAAGCGCUAAUUUUUUUUUUUAAGAGGUAGAUGUUUUGGUCGCUCAGGUAGCGCAGUGGUAAAAAUAUGCUAGCAGACGAGAGCUGGGAUUUUGAAUACAUCGUAUUGAAUCUCAGCUCUGCCAUCCAACUGGGCAGCUACAUAAACAACGUUUGGAUGUUGUUCAUCCAGGGAGGGUGCCGAAUAUGGACCUCAUAACUGAUUCCGUUGAUGGCGUCUGCACAGACUAAAGGAAAAAUGCGAUCAGGGUGUGGCUCUCCGUGCACAAGGCUGAUCCGCAUAUGAACGCGCCUUGUGCAGGUGAAAAGAUACAGUUGGCUACUGCACACGUGUCGGAGGGGGCGUGUGUCAGUUCGCUCUCCUCAAUCGGGGUGGGGAUCAGCACCAGUAGAAGGGAAGUAUAAUGCAAUUGGUUAAAAACUGGACUCGCGUCAGGUGGCGCAGCGGUAAAGUACGCUAGCGUACCAGAGUUGGGGUUUCGAAUACAUCGUAUUGAACCUCAGCUCUGCCUUACCGACUAGGCUGGGUGGCAGUAUGAACAAUGAUUGGCUGUUGUUCUUAGGGGUAGGAAAGUCGGAUCAUAGGUCCUCAUAACUGGUGCGACUGGGUCCCUGCUGGCUGACUGAUGGCGCCUGCACAGGGCUGAGGAAUAAUGCUGAUGGGGGUGUGGCCCUCCGUGCACAGUGCCUGUCAAGUAUAUGAACUCGACUCGUGCGGGUGAAAAAUGCACUAUCUGCAUUGACUGUGCGUACCGGAGGGGGCACUAGUCAGUUGAGAGGCGUCCUCAGUCAGCGGUGAAGUUUUGAAUCAGUAUAGAGGACGUAUUCAGAGUAAAUGGACACAACUAGACUGGGGGAUAAAAAUGGGGGGGGAAAAAGAGGGGAAAAAAUAUAUUAAAAAAAAAAACUGGUCGCGCUAAAAAUCGGGAGAAAAAGGAAAAAAAAAUGCAUAAAAAAGAGUAGAUGUUUAAACUAUAUUAAAACUAGGGCUGUCAAACGAUUACAAAUUUUAAUCGCGAUUAAUCUCAGAAUUUCAUAUAGUUAAUCGCGAUUAAUCGCAUUUUUAAAAAAAAGAAGAAAACAAGGAUUUUUAAGUGAAAUGUUACAAUUAAAAUGGUGAACACAUUUUAUGCUAAAUGUACUUAUGUUAAAAACUGCUGGGACAAGAGAAAACUGUAAUUCACUCACAUACUAGGCAGUAAUACUAUCCAGCAGAGACCCUUGACUUCGUAUAAAUGUCAGAUUGUAGGUUAGAAUUUCUCCAAAUAUUGUAGAUCAGCGGUGCUUUAGGUGGGAUAAGGCGUAGUUAUUGUAACAGACUUUUCUGUGGUUGUAUCGUGACAUUUGAUGGACGUUUCUACACGAAGUGUGUGUGUUUUGACCCUUUGGGGCUUCCAUAGUUCAUGGACUAGCAUGCUUGGCUAACGCGAUAACUCCAGCUGUCCGGUACGGUAACAGAAUAAGUUAAUAAAAGUGUUCUGCUCCCGACAACUUGUGAAUAUAGCGUGUAUUUAUUUCUUUAUUAAGUGAGUGCAUCACUACACGCUCGGUUACAUUAUGUUAACAAAUCGCAAAUGAAAAACGCUGGCAAGUCUCAACAUGAACUACGGAUGACUCGCAGGGCCAAAUAGAAUUUGCGUUAACGGCACUAUUUUUUUUAAUCGCGUUAAAUUGAGAUUGCGUUAAUGCGUUAUUAUCGCGUUAACUUCGACAGCCCUAAUAAUAAUUAAAAUAUUCAUAUAAAUUAUUAGAAUUAAUAACCAUAAGUUUUGUCUGAGGUAUCUGAAUAAUUUAAAGGAACCACAGUGUCUAGUGUCACUAACGAUUUCAAUGUGGAAUUUAUACAACUAAUAAGUUGGUUAAGUUAGAAGUUAGUUAGAAGUCUAAGAUUUUAAAUAAUUUAAUAAGUCACAAGACCAAGCAGAUACAGAAAAACUCACAUUCAAAAGGGACAAGAAAUGUAAACAAACAUCCACCAGUUUAAUUCAUUGUGUUUAAGUGGCAUGUUUACACAAGCAUACAGUAAAGCUCUAUAGAAAGUGAUUAAAUCUAAGAAAGAAAGAAAUUAUAUGACUUUUCAUACAGUGUAGAACAUACAGAGAUCUGUGUCACUGUAUAAGAUGUUUUACAGUUUUUUGUAUACAGAAUGUGUUUAAAGGUUUGAGGGGGUAAGUGAUGGGAGAUGGAAAUAUGUAGAUACAGCAUAGCAUGAAUAUGCAUGAGGAAUGAGUAGGAGGAAUCAACUCCAGAUAUAACAGGCUGAAACACAUGUAAAAUGAGAUGCCACUCAUGCAGCUCAUUUGAAAUUAUAAAAAGAUAUUUAAAAUUGUUUUUGUAAGUGGGUUUUAUCACUUUUUAAACAUUGCAGAUUUAAGAAUAUAAACAGUCAAAGUCUUUAAUUUAACUAAGAAAAUGUCUCAGACUUUACAUGUAAACAACUUGCUGAUACAACAGAUUAUUGUAAUAUGUGGUUCAUACAUUAUCUGUAUGUUAAUAAGUGUUAGCCUUCAUAUGGUGAUGGUUUUCACAUUGCACAUCACAGCACCUGUCAGUCAGUCACUUUGUGUUUUAUUUUUUUAAUAAGCUGUUUAAUAAAUUGUUCAUUUUUAUUACCAAA